AUGACCCUAUUUGUUAUUCUUACCCUAGUAAUUGUUUCAAUUUUGGCCUCCAUCAGCUUCUGAUUGCCAACCAUCAACUCAGACUCAGAAAAACUCUCACCUUAUGAGUGCGGCUUCGACCCGCUAGGAUCCGCCCGCCUCCCAUACUCCAUGCGAUUCUUCCUAGUCGCCAUUCUUUUUCUCCUCUUUGACCUAGAAAUCGCCCUUCUCCUCCCCACCCCCUGAGCCGCACAACUUCCCUACCCCACCCUAUCUAUUCUUCUAGCAUCAGUGAUCUUAAUUCUUUUAACCUUGGGAUUUGUCUAUGAGUGACUUCAAGGGGGCCUAGAAUGAGCUGAGUAA